UUUUCCAUUUCAAAAUGGCAGCAGUAGUGGCAGUGAAGCAAAAGGAAAAGGGUCCACAAUGCAAGCUUUCGACUAUCAUCAAUGGACAGUUUAUGGCAGUCCAAAUGAUUGGUAAAGGUGCAUACGGAGUCGUGUACGAGGUGGUUCGUCGCAACUCUCCGAAUACUCGAUUCGCUUGCAAAGCUGAGCUCGCAAUUGACCAUAACAAUCUGAAAACAGAGUGGGAUCUGAUGACAUUACUAAAGGAUAACAAAUCGAAACACAACAUUAUCGGCGUCGAAUUGGGUAGUGAACGCAAUUUUAAUUAUAUUGUCAUGCAUCUUGUCGGUCCAUCGUUGUCCGACUUGAGGAAGACAGUUCCAAAUAAGACAUUCACAUUAUUCACUACCGCAGUCUGUGCAAUUCAAUGUUUCGACUCAUUGGUUGAAAUUCAAAGAAUUGGAUAUAUUCACCGAGACGUCAAACCAUCAAAUUUCGCGAUUGGAGUAUUGGGUUCGGAGGAGGAGAAGUUGGUGUAUGUUCUUGAUUUUGGUCUGUGCCGGAAUAUGUUUAAUAAGCAGAAGGAGCUUCGAAAGCCACGUAUGAAGGCACCAUUUCGUGGAACGAUCCUUUAUUGCUCCUUGAACAUUCAUCAACGAAUGGAACCUGGUCGACAUGAUGAUUUCUGGUCGCUGCUCUAUAUGAUGAUUGAAUUUCAUUUAUCAGAUCUUCCAUGGGAGAAUAUGAGUAAAGAGGACACAAAAAAGGCGAAAGAAACGAAACUGGAUGGAUUGUUGGCGAGGUGUCCGCCGGAAUUUCGGAUGAUUCGAUGCUACUUGCUCACUCUUACUUAUUCAAAAGAACCGGAUUACGUGAAGCUUCGGGAGGUUUUAUGUCAAAUAAUGACAUCUAAGAAGUUCACACCGGAUAUGCCUCUCGAUUGGCAAAAAGGUGGACCUUGUGAGGCAAUCUUUAAGCCUCAGGCCGCAGUUGUCAAACACAAAGGGACCAAGAAAAAAGUCAGCCUCGCAGAGCUUCUUGAUCUACCAAAACCUGGUGGCAAAGUUUACACAGAGCGAGAUUUCCCACAGCCAGGAGAACAAGAGCCAAUGAGAGAUGAAUCAGUAUCAAAGAGUGAUGACACGAUUAUUGAGAAGGAAGGUCCACCACCUGCACCGAAGCCUGUUUCAAAACCAGUUCCACCAAAACCAGGAGUUACGAUGAGCUUGAAACCACAACUGGCUCAACAACGGUGUUCCGCAGAGCACAAAGAUCUUAGCACACCUCCUGCUAUUGCUCGUUCACCGAUUGGACAAAACACGACUAUGAAACCGCCCGUGACUGCAAUUCCACGUCCUCCGAUUGAGAAGCACAGUGUGAGAAAAGCAGCACCAGUAGCACAUUCUCCACGGAAAUCGAAGUCGAAUACCAAAGUCCCACCUGCUCAUUAGAUUGAACUAAAUGAUGUUAUGAAUAAAGAUAUGAAAUGGCUUAA